AUGUCCGAAUCAAAGCAAAACUAUGGUCGGUCAAGAACACCAGUUGAAUCUAUAGGUUUCGUUGAGCAAUGGAAAUGUUGUGCAUUCAGUAGCCAUACAAAGUUGGAAGGAAGCAGAAUCAAUGUGCAGUCUCAACAUGCAUCUCCGAAUCCAUUCGCACUCGAGCUCAGUUCUAGAUCAACAAAAUUUAAUAAACAUGUAACUGGUGCAUUUAUAUGGACAUCAGCUGCUGCCAUCAUUAUAUUUCGAUUUGAGUUGUCGUUUUUACUUGGACUUCUUUUGCUUUCUGAUUUGCUGUAUGAAAGAGCUUGUCUUACGGAUGUCCUCAAACGUGGAUUGUUUACUGGUGGAGUGUGUCUCGCUGCAACAGUAUUGGUCGAUUCCUUCUUUUGGAAACGAUGGUUGUGGCCUGAGGGAGAGGUGCUUUAUGCUAAACAAGAGCACGAAUUGGGGACUGUACCAUUCUUGUGGUAUUUCUACCCUGCUCUUCCCAAAUCUCGGCUCUGUGCUAUUCCACUGUCUAUUUUUGGUUUAGUAGUUGACAAACAGAUGUGGACUCUUUUCAAGCCGGUGCUUGACUUUGUUUUCUUGAAGAUUUCUAUUCGUUUUCUUCCACACAAAGAGUUACGAUUUAGUAUUUAUGGUAUUGCAAUGGUCAAUGUCAUUUGCCGGUCGAGGUCUUGUGUAUGUUCGAACUCUGUUCUUAGCUGGGUGAGUGUGAGUGUGAUAUGUGAGUGUGAGUUUUCAUGUUUGUUCGGAACAAAGUUGAUGUUGUGAGACUUAUAUUUGGUUUGUAUUUGGAUGGAUAUGGUAGUGCAUUUAUUUGCUUGUUUAUUUAUACUAUAAGUAAGGAGUCUGUCUGUUUGUCUGUUUUUGUGUUUGUGUGCUUAUUUCUUCUACACGGUGCUUUAGAAUCUUGCCUAUGGUGGACACUGAAGGUGCAAAUAAAAGCUGUUUAGAUCCAAACACUUUCUAAUGCUGGUUUAUUUCAUGGGUUUUUAGUAACAAUGAAUUGAUCUUCGAAGACAGAACAAAGUUGUUGUUUUAUUAACUUCUUAAUAUACAGUAUCCAGAAGCAGUGCAAAUUUUUACAUGAUUAUUGGAAGACUUUGAGAAUUUGUAUGAUUUAAAAUAUUGAUAGAGAAAACAGUAAGUAAGGAAAUAAGAAAUAGAGACGGUGACGAUGCUAUUUAGACCAUGAUUAACUUUCUGUAAGAGCUACACCCAGUAGAAACAGUAUCCAGAACCAAAUUCUGGUGAAUCAGAUUCGUGCAUGAAAUUGCUUCACGGCUAGUUGGUUUUCUAUGGCAGUGCUGUGGCUUGCAGUGAUUAUCUGAGGUUUUUGGUGUUAUCAAUAACUGGGGUGGAACCAGAAGCCAAAUGGCCAAUCACCGUUAUGAGUGUGCCCAAACUCAUAGUACUAUAUAACCUCGAAAUUUUUGACAUUCAGCUAUUGUUUGGUUACAAGUCCUUGCCAUCAUCCUAGCCUGUACUGUGAGAAUCACCAGCUGUAAACCAUGCAAUUUGUUUCACUGCAAGCUGAUGUCGUAACUCUCAGCUUAUUCGACUGUGAGUAGCAAUAGGAUUUGAUUUGUAGCAUUCUUGUAUGAAUGUUCUGCAUUUUUCUUUGUUUCAUUGUGUAACAAUUGUGGCUCAGUGACCCUUUGACUGAGGACAUUAGCAUUUUGCUAUGUGUGCACAGUCACAUGUCAGUCGUCGCACUCCCUCUGUCAGUGGCACCAAAGGGUAUUGUGUGUCACCUAACCAGCUGCAUGUACCUGUCCAGCUUUGUGUGGUGUAUCAGUCUAUCUGUUGGUGUGUAUCCAGCCUAGCUCUAUUGCUACUCUUCACUGUUUUUUAUAUCGUAUAGCUGUUGGUGGGUUCAUGACUUUUAGCUGUAUGAUGAGCAUUGCACUUACUACCCUGGAGGAUUAGCAUUUCUCCAUCAACUAGCUGUGGAUCAGUUGAGUAAUAUACAGUAUAGCUAGUGUGGUAGGUAUGAUGAAUACAGUAUAGCUAUAGGGUAAUGUAUGAUAAUUAUAUUAGUGAGUGAUACUUGAGUAGCCUAUCUACCUUGUAUCUUUUCAUAGAUUCUCCCAAGUUCAUAUUGAUGUAUAUCAGCUCAGAUCGACCUACUGCAUGGUGUCUCAAGGUUUGGUCAGCUUUGCCUGGUGGAAGUGAGUGAUGUAGAGUAACCUGUAUGUAACUAAUUAUAAACAAGCUGUGUAAUAAGGGGCUAUUAAAACUUGGAAACUUCAUGAUUUGUUGUGUAUGCUGCUUUACCAAUCAUAAAUGAACCUUAUCUAGCUAGGUAUUGUGGUGUUAUACUGUUUGAGUCUAACAGUGCACGUGGGCUGUUUAGUUGCCUUUGCUCACCUAACAUUGUAGUGACUGCUUGUCUUACACUUGUGUGUGUUUUAGCUACUCCAAAGCAGAAGGUCUUGCAGUUAAUUAAAGAGCUGACAGAAUUCGACUUCUUGGUUGCUGAAGCUGGUGAUGAAGAAACUAAGUACACAUGAAAUGCUGGAAGAAAUACGCUGAUUGACUGCUUUUAGCUUAGAAUUUAGCUUAGUUUGCAGUUUGUUAGAUCUCUGGUUACACCGCGGGCUGUCAUACUAACGCGCGUUAGACAGACAACAAGCAUGUUUUUAUUACAUGUUUAAUUCAAGUAACAACUAAAUGAUAGAUGAAAGAAAUAAACUAAGUCUACACUAGCUUGUCCCCAGUGCAUGCUCAGGUCUAAGCUCUUGUUUAAACCGUCCUGUUUUCUGGCCAAAAUAUGUGUGGUGUGUGUGUGUGUG